AUGCAUCGCUUAAAUUUCAUCAACCGCUCUUACGUCUUUGCACCUGCUGCAAGCGCCUUAAAAGAUUUCUCUUUUGCCAGUGCUCCAACUCAACAUCCCAACCUUGGAGCACCUCUAACCAAACAGUUUUCCAGUACCUCUCGUCUUGUAGGUACUUUCUUCGCCAACCAAAGCAAGUUGCGUCUCAAUGGAAGCCCCAGGUCUACUUUCUCUGGACAUGUUUCAAAGCCAGACACCAAGUCUGGAUACCAGCAGUCCAGAAAAUGUUUUGACCAGAUUGGCGUUUUCCAGAGUUGCAAGCUGUUUGUCAAGGUGUUCAAGCCUUUUGACGAGGAAGUCACCGAAGUAAUGGAAACCCCAGCCUUGAACGCUGGCUCCAUUAUUAAACUUGGUCUUGCCAACCAAAAACCGGCAAUUGUAUCUCUCGAGCCGCUUAGAGCUUUGUUCAAGCCCUCGACCUUUUUGCAGCACCCAUCCAAUCAGCUGCCGACUAACGAAUCUGCUUCAACUGCGUCAGUAGUUGAAGCUGAUGCCCCAGUAACUGAACCUGAGGUUCCAACUGAACCUGAUGUUCCAUCUGAGCCAGAAGUUCCAACUGAACAUGAACUUCAAGUAGCUGAACCUGAAGCGCCAGCCAUUGAUGAAUGGCAAGUGGUCAAACCCAGAAAGACCAAAAAGGCUUUUGUUCCAAAACCUAUCCAAGGCGAAAGCAUCCCUCUGGCUCUCUUGCUGAUGACAAAGCAAGUGAAUCCACCAGCCAAGAAGCUAAACCUUGAAGACUUCAAGACCAAUCUCCAAAGUCUCUCUAACAUCAAAAAGUACAAUAUCUUUGAGAAUUUGGAGGUUGAAGAGGUUCCUGAGCCAGUGAAGGCUCCCCAGCCACUUCAUAUUGAACCUUCUCCACCGAAACUUCUUCGUGAGUUCAAGCUUCGUGAGUUCAAGUGUAGAAGAGCUACUUCUGAUCACGAAGUGGAGGCUGCUCCUCCAAAGUUGGUUCGUGAGUUUAAGCUUCGUGAAUUCAAGCUUAAACCUCGUAGCGACAAGACCGAUUCUUGA